AUGGCUACCACAGAGCUCUACACGAAGGUAGCAUGUGUGUGGGUGCCGGAUCCAGACGCCGUGUGGGUGUCUGCUCAGCUUCUUCGAGACUAUCGUCCUGGAGACCAGCAGAUCCUGAUCCAACUCACUGACGGCACGGAGACGGAGUGUCCAGUGAUGCCUCCCGCAAGUCUUCCUCCUCUUGGAAACCCUGAUAUUUUAGAGGGAGAGAAUGACCUCACGGCUCUGACUUUUCUCCACGAGCCAGCUGUACUUCACAACUUGCGAGUGCGCUUUCUCGACUACAGUAGCAUUUAUACUUACUGUGGAAUUGUGUUGGUGGCCCUAAAUCCUUAUGAACAGCUGGCCAUCUAUGGAGAGGAGGUCAUUGAUGCAUACAGCGGGCAGGACAUGGCUGAUAUAGAGCCUCAUAUCUUUUCUGUGGCCGAGGAUGCGUACCGUACCAUGAUCAGGGAGGAAAAAAAUCAGUCCAUCAUAAUCAGCGGAGAGUCAGGUUCAGGAAAAACAGUAUCUGCCAAGUUUACAAUGCGUUACUUUGCUGUUGUGGGUGGCGCGGCCCAGCAGACCAGCGUGGAGGAGAAAGUUCUGGCGUCUAAUCCCAUCAUGGAGGCCAUUGGUAAUGCAAAAACAACCCGAAACGACAACAGCAGCCGUUUUGGCAAGUAUAUUGAGAUAGGAUUUGGGCACAAAGGGGAUAUCAUUGGAGCCAAUAUGAGAACGUAUUUGUUGGAAAAAUCUAGAGUUGUUUUUCAGGCAGCUGAAGAGAGAAACUACCACAUUUUCUAUCAGCUUUGUGCCUCCGAGGAUUUGCCCGAGUUUAGGUCCCUAAAACUUGAUUCUGCGGAGAACUUCCAUUACACCAACCAAGGACGAAAUAUACACAUUCCAGACACAGAUGAUGCAGUUGAACUAGAACGCACAAGAAAUGCUUUUACUAUACUGGGAGUGCAGCCUGACCAGCAGAUGGAGAUAUUUCACAUAAUGGCGGCGAUUCUUCAUCUUGGGAACGUCAACAUACAAGCCAGUGGUCGUGGCGGAGAACGCAGCUACGUUGACGCCCAUGACCGUUCUCUGGCCAUCUUUGCCAAGCUUUUGGGAGUGGAAGGUGCUCAGAUGGCACAAUGGCUGUGCCACAGGCGAUUGGCGGUGGGUGGGGAGAUGCUGGUGAAGCCCAUGACAGGACAACAGGCUAUUGAGGCGCGAGACGCUUUGGCUAAACAUAUGUAUGAGCAACUGUUCACGUGGACCGUACAGAGGCUCAACUCAUCUUUAAGAGCACACAGGCAACAGCCCAAGUCCUUUAUAGGUGUUCUUGAUAUAUACGGGUUUGAAACUUUUGACAGGAACAGUUUUGAACAAUUCUGUAUAAACUACGCCAAUGAGAAGCUACAGCAGCAGUUUAACAGGCAUGUGUUUCAGUUGGAGCAGGAAGAAUAUCUACGUGAGCAACUUCCCUGGAACCGCAUCGAGUUUAGUGAUAACCAGCCGUGUAUUGCUCUCAUCGAAGGUCAGCUGGGUCUGCUUGAUCUUCUGGAUGAAGAGUGUAGAAUGCCAAAAGGCUCAGAUGAGAACUGGGCUCGGAAGCUUUACGAUCAGCACCUGAACCACAGCGCUCAUUUUCGGAAACCGCGCAUGUCUAACUCCGCCUUCAUCGUUCUGCACUUUGCUGAUAUGGUCCAGUAUGAGUGUGACGGCUUUUUAGACAAGAACCGAGACACUGUAUUUGAAGAACCCAUUAACAUUCUAAGAGCUAGUCAGUCAGAGCUGGUCGCUGAACUGUUCCAGAAAGAGCCGGCAGGGGAGGUCUUGCCCAAAUCUUCUCUACCGAACGGAAGUCUGCGCUCAGGGAAAAGAGCUCACCGUGAGCACAAACUUACUGUUGGCUUUCAGUUUCGGCAGUCUCUGCAGCUCCUGAUGGAAACCCUGAACAGCACCACCCCACAUUACGUCCGCUGCAUAAAACCCAACGACCUCAAACAGCCCUUCCUAUUCGAUCCCAAGCGAGCGGUGCAGCAGUUGCGAGCAUGUGGAGUCUUGGAGACCAUCCGCAUUAGCGCUGCAGGAUACCCCUCCAGAUGGACGUAUGAGGAGUUUUUCACCCGUUACCGUGUUCUGCUGCGUGGGUCGCUUUCCACGGAUGAUGUGCGGCGCUCUUGCCAGAGAACUCUUCCUGACCUCAUCCCUGACCCGGAGCAGUACUGCUUUGGCAAGACCAAGGUCUUCUUCCGGGCCGGGCAGGUUGCGGUGCUGGAGAAGCUGAGAGGGGAUAAACUGCAUGCGGCGGGGGUUUUGAUCCAGAGCUGGGUGAGAGGCUGGCUUCAGCGUAAGCAGUAUCAGAAGCUCCGAUGGGCCGCACUUAUUCUGCAGCGAUAUACUAGAGGAACCCUGGCUCGCAGGUUGGCGUGGAGUCUCCGUUACACCCGAGCUGCUUUAAUCAUCCAGAAGACCUACCGCAUGCUUGCUGUUCGACAGCUUUAUGUGACCAUCAGAGAGGCCACCAUCAAAAUCCAGUCCUUUAUCAGAGGCACCCAGGCUCGACGUAUUUACAGACAGAUGCUGGUAGAGCGGGCAGUAGUUUUCUUGCAGGCGCGGGUGCGAGGAUGGCUGGCCCGGUGCAGGUUCAGGCGCAUCAGAGGUGCGGUGGUGUUCCUGCAGUGCUGCGUGCGCAGGUGGGCGGCACGUAAAGAGCUGCGGCACUUACGUGCUGAGGCGCGAUCGGUGGAGAAAUACAGAGAACUGAACAAAGGCAUGGAGGUCAAACUCAUGCAGCUACAGCUCAGAGCCGAUCAACAGGCGAGAGAGAGCGCGUCUCUUAGGGAGACCCUGCAGGCCGAGCGAGAAGCUUACAGCUCUGAACUGGAACAGCUGCGCUCCAGCCUUCAGAAACUCCAGACCCAACUGCGGGAGAAUGUCAUCGCAACUCCCUUGAUCACAGAGAAGCAGGAGGAAGAGAGGAGGAGAGCAGAGGAAAGACAUGCUCAAGAGAUCGUCCACCUUAAACAGGAAAUCGAGGCCAUCCGAGAUAAGAGAGAUGCCUUGGAGAAAGAGAAGGAUGAUCUUGCCAUUCAUUUACAGGAACAGGAGAAAUCUCAGCAGGAGAGCCGUCAGCAGACUGUGGAUCAGGCCGAUGCAUCGGUGCGGGCAGAGCUGGAGGAGGAGAGGAGAAGAUAUCAGAGUUUACUCAGAGAGUUUACAAGACUGGAGCAAAGAUAUGACAACCUGAGAGAUAUGAGCAUGUUUAGCAACAAUGAGCGUUCACGUGGACACAGGCGAACAGAUUCCACUGUGUCUUUGGAGGCCCUUUCACCUGUCUCCACGCCCUUCUCGAGCUCACCCGUCUUUCCAUCGCCCGAGGAGGUCAGGAGAGUCAGCGUGACAUCACCUACUGACAGGAGACCCUGGAGCGCCGAACAACCCAUGGAUGUCCUAAUGGAGAAUGUGGGCGUGGCCAAGGACACGGCUGAGAAGAUGAAGGGAGAAGAUCUCAGACACGCCUAUGACGCUGUUCGAGUGGCCAACAAGUUUUUAGAGACGCAGCUGUUGUCACAGAGAGCACAAUGGGAGGAAGAGAUAUCUGCCCUCAGAAUGAAACUUCAGGAGGCUCGAGGCAGAGGAGAUACGGCUGGAGAUGCUGAGAUAAAGGACCUGGCAGAGCAGGUGGCGGUGAGAGAUCAGGAAUGUUCUCGACUACGACGCGAACUUAAAGAACUCAAACACACUGUGACGCUCAGGAGAAUUUUAUCAUACGCAGGUCUGACCAUGGCAGAAUCUCAGGAUCCAUCUCCGUCCCCUCAGAAGAACCAGAUGCUCACCGGACUGCUGGAGUGCAGGAAAAAAGAUGAAAACAAACUCAUCAAAAACCUGAUAACAGAUACGCGGGUGGAGGUCGGCCUAUCUUUGCCGUCUGGGCUGGCGGCGGGGGUUCUGUUCCUGUGCAUACGACAGGCGGACUGUAGUGGGGAUCAGACGCGAGUCAAGGGGCUUUGUGGUGCUACUGUGGGCGGCAUAAAAAACGCCUUGAAGAAACAUGGCAAUGAUUUGGACAUGACUGCUAUGUGGCUGAAGAACGCUUACCUGCUCAAAGAUCUGCUCCAGCAGCACUCUCCUCGACAGGAUAUGAAGGGCUCAGAGGAGCUGGUGCCGCUCGUGACAGAUGUACAGGAGUCUGUCCGAGCGUUCAGCGAUCUCUGUAUUCAGGCAUAUCAGCAACUGUUGUCCAUCUCAGAGAGUCGCCUGCAACCCAUCAUUGUACCUGCCAUGCUUGAAAGCGAGACUAUCCCUGGUCUGUCUGGAUCAUCAGUAAAGCCGAGCAGCGGUCGCAAGCGUGCAGCGUCGGAUCCCCGCGCUCCUGCAGAAGGGGCUAGUAUGUCGGCAGUUCUGAGGGAACUGGGAGCAUUACACACCGCACUGUCCCGUCAGGAUCUGCCCUCGGCCCUCCUAGAACAAGCCUUCCAUCAUCUUAUCUACUUGUUGGCCGCCACCACCCUCAACAGCCUGCUGCUGCGCAAGGACAUGUGUUGCUGGAACCGUGGCCUUCAGAUCAGGUAUAAUGUGAGUUUGCUGGAGGAGUGGCUGCGGAGUCGUUCACUGCAGACAGGGGGUGCUGUGACUGCCCUCGAACCCUUGAUACAGGUGGCUCAGCUUCUUCAAAUGGGUAAAAAGACUGAAGCUGAUGGACAAGCCAUGGUCAAAACCUGCAACGCACUGACCAACCAGCAGAUUGUGAAGAUUUUGAGCCUGUAUACUCCUCAGAGUGAUACUGAAGAAAGGGUGACACUAAAUUUCAUUCGUAUAGUACAGGGGCUGCUGAAGGGGCGGUCUGAAGGGCAACCUCCACAGCUUCUGCGGGAUGUCAGGCGGGUUUUCCCUGUCACCUUCCCAUAUCAGCCGCCAGCACCAGUCAGCGCCGCCCAGCUCAAAACCCCAGAAUCCCUCAAGAUCUCAUUCCUACGCAGAAUCUGAGGUCAUUCGUCUGCUGUAGAACUUCCAUUUUUUAUUUAGUCUCCCUAAUAACUUUACUUAAAAUACUUAAAAUACUCAAAUAAGAAUAUAAAAUGAAAUGUUAGGUUAGGUUUUUUAUAAAGGAAUGCUAAACGCUUUCUACUGAUAUUCAAAAGAAAAAACAGUUAGUAGUCAUAGAAAUAAUAGUAAGUUUGAAAUCAAGUUGUUUAAUAAACCCUUCUAGGCUUAGCGAAUGCACAUUAUUCUAAAACCAAAAAAAGUUGUUUAUCGUAAUCUUUGUUUUAAGUUUAAAAGCGUUAUUUUUUCAGGUAAUGUCACGAGUCGUUAACUAAACAUGCCUCAACCAAUCACACAGUGUUAAAUGAAAAACUCUACACAAGAUGUAUUUUAUCAUCCAUUUAUUGGAAGUAGAACCGAACCAAAGCCUGGCACGCGUUUUACCUCCAUCCCCGAUAAGAACGAUCAUAUUUAGAAAACCGAAAAUUAGAAACAUCUUUGUAUAAAAAAACCUCUCAUGCUAGUACUCUGUACCACUACACAUCAGUAAUACAUAUUUAUAUAUUCACAAGCCUUUCAAAAAUAGAAAAUAAUACCCCAAUAUCAAAAUAAAUGACAAAGUAAACAAAGACAACAAUCCAAUAUCACAAUAACGAUACAUGCUGGCACAAGAGAAAAUCUUUCCCAACAUGCACUGCUUCUUAUAUAUAGUCACUGACUGAGUGUGCAUGUCGAGUUAUUACGAGCAGUAUGCACUUGUUAGUGUACUUGUCUACUACAUGCUCAUAUUGUGUCUUUGU